AUGGUUGCUAUUGAUAAAAAAUUGGAUGAAUUGACCCGAAAUGAAGAAAAAGCAUUAAAAUGCUUUUGGUUGUUUGUUUUGCUUCAUUUUAAGAAGAUCAAUAGGGAAGAUUUAGGGGAAUAUGUUAUAUUGAAUGAGGAAAGUCAUGGGUUUGGAAAAAAGUGUGAAAUUUUUCUGAAAAAUUCAGAAGAAAUGGGAGGUAUUGAUGAUAAUAAUGUUUCGAAGAAAUUGUUGAGAGAACGACAUAUUUUAAAUUACUUUUUUGCACUUUAUGAUGUGUUCUGGGAGAUGAUCAAGAUGGACCACCCGGAUGCCGUAUUAUUGCGUUUUUUAAGAGCGAGAAAAUGGGAUAUUAGCAAAUCAUUUGUUAUGUUAGCAGCAACAGUUUAUUGGCGUCAAGAAACAGGGGUUGAAGAAGUUCUUCGAACAGGAGAAGCGGGUGCUAUUGAGACAGGAGAUGAUGCGUUUAUGAAACAAUUAAGGCUUGGAAAAAGUUUUAUUCAAGGUGUUGAUCGGGAACAUCGUCCUAUUUGUUAUAUUCGAACGCAUUUGCAUAGGGCAGGUGAACAGCCGGAUUUAGCUAUUCAGCGAUAUAUUAUUUGGUUGAUGGAAAGUGCACGACUAAUGAUUACAUAUCCUGUCCAAACUGCGACAAUUUUGUUUGAUUUAACUAAAUUUUCGCUGAAAAAUAUGGAUUAUAUACCUAUCAAGUUUUUAAUCAAAUGUUUUGAAGCACAUUAUCCAGAGAGUCUUGGUAUAUGUAUUAUUCAUAAAGCACCAUGGGUAUUUCAAGGGAUUUGGAAGGUUAUUAAAACCUGGCUUGAUCCUGUUGUUGCUAAGAAAGUUUGCUUUACGAAUUCACGCAAAGAUUUAGAAGUUUAUAUUAAAGAUACUGAAAUUAUUAAAGAAUUGGGCGGAAAAAAGGAUUGGGAAUAUAGAUAUAUCGAACCACAAGAAAAUGAAAAUAUCAAAAUGCAAGAUAUCCUAACAAAAGAACGUUUAUCAUUGCAACGAAAGAAUAUAAUUCAUUCUUUUGAACAAUUGACUAUAAAAUGGCUUAAAGAAAAUGAUACCGUGCAAUCAGAUUUACUUUUAGAACAACGUAAUUUCAUAGCAAGAGAUCUUUCUCUAAAUUAUUGGCAAUUGGAUCCUUAUAUACGUGCUCGAUCAUUUUAUGAUAGAAUUGGAUUGAUUUUUCAAGGUUAAUUCACUAUAUAUAUAUUUUUAAAUCGAUUUUAAUCAGAUUUUAUCUUUAAAACAUGGAGAAAAAAAGCGUAAUUAU